AUGACGAUUCCAAUAAUUGAUCUUAGUCCAUUAUGGGAUUCAACUUCUACAGGUUUAUCAAAAGUUGCACAAGAAUUUACUUGUGCAUUUCAAGAUAUGGGCUUUGCUUAUAUUAUUAAUCAUCGUGUACCACAAUCUAUUAUCAAUAAAGUUUUUAUUCAACAUCGUCGUUUUCAUGCAUUACCAUUAGAAGAAAAAAAUAAAAUUCGUUUAAAUCAAUGGCAUAGAGGAUAUCUUCCAUUAGCAUCAUAUCAAAUUAAAUCUGAAUCAAAAUCUAAAGGUAUAUUAGUUGAAGAUACAAAAAAAAUUGUUAAAGCACCAAAUCAAAGUGAAUCAUUUAUUAUUAAUCAUGAACAUUUUGAAGGACCAUCCGAUUUAAAAGAAGAAGAUUUAUAUAAUCGAUAUUUACAAGGUCCUAAUCAAUGGCCACAUGGCAUGCCAGAUUUUCGUAAAGCUGUAUUAGAUUAUUAUUAUGAAUUAAUAAAAUUAGCUCUUGAAUUAACUAAAGUAUUUUUUGCUGCAAGUGAAACUGAUUUUGAUCGUUUUGCAUCACAUUUUCAACGACCAUCAAUUGGUUUACGUAUGCUUCAUUAUCCACCACAACCAUCAUCAAUACCAGAAGGUGUUUUUGGUAGUGCACCACAUUGUGAUUAUAAUUUUAUGACUAUUUUAUCUCAAGAUGAUGUCGGUGGUUUAGAAGUAAAAGCACCAAAUGGUGAAUGGAUAUCAGCACCAAAUAUGAUUUCAUCAAAUGGUGAAACUGCUUUUCUAGUUAAUCUUGGUGAUAGUGCUUCGAAAUGGACAAAUGAUUGUUUACGUGCAACUCCUCAUCGUGUUAUUAAUCGUUCGGGUCGUGAUCGUUAUUCUAUUGCGUUUUUUUGGGAUCCACAACUCGAUUUCAUUAUUGAUACUCGUGAUUUAGGAACACGAUGGUGUCCAGCUGAUAAAGAACCAAACUAUAAACCACAAACAUAUGGACAACAUUUAAAAAAUUUAUUAUCUAAUAAUUAUGCUGAAUUAUAUAAAACAAUUGAUGGUGCUAGUAAUGAAGAUAGUGACAAUUUAAAAAAGAAUUCAACAUAA